AUGGAAAUUCCGGAGCCCGAUCUCAUAGUACACGCUUGGUAUCCACGCGGAGUCAAGAGCGUUAUUGCUUCAGGCAGCAAUAGCUUCAUUGGACUCGUCGACGAGAAUACUGUCCUCAAAUACCCUCAAAUACCCUCAGAAAAGCCCCCAGGUCUUGACUUCGAAAAAGAAAAGAUUAACAGGGUCUUGAGACAGGGACAGCUAAUCGGUCUUGACGUCGAAGAACAAAUCCUUGGAGUUUUGGGACAGCAUCGUCGAAUUAUCGGUUUCAAGGGGAAACACGAGGAGGGUCUCUUGCUCGAGCAUAUGCCCAACGGAUCAAUUGAAAUGGACAUUGCAGGCUGCAGAGGCUGUUGCGUAUAUUCACACGAGAAGAGCCAUUCACUGCAUAUUGGUGUUGGAAAUCUACUCCUUGACAAGGAUUUGAACAUCAGAUUAUGCGACUUUCAAGGGAGACUUCUGCGUCCCGAUGGUACAAUUCACCCUAAUGGUGAUUCGGCUGAGGGUGUCAAGUCAUCGAUGCCACGAUCAGAUCCAAAUAAUGCGAAUUGGAAGACUGAUAUUUUCGCUUCGGGGUCAGCUAUCUAUUUCAUGAUGAAAGGUCACCCGCCCUUUCCGGGGCUGGAUCCUUGGAAGGACAAGCUGGAAAUUGUGAGCCGGUUCAAGGCGGGGCAGUUUUCUGCUCUAGAUGAGGUGCUAGGUGGUGAUGUUGUAAAGAAGUGCUGGGCUGGGGAAUACGAGUCAGCUGACGAGGUUGUUCAUGACUUGAAGAAACGAACAUAG